UGUAGAGCUCGGAUACGUCAGAUUUGAGACGUCUCAGACUAACACUUAACAUUAAACACUUCGCCAUGACUUCGAAUUGCAGACCUGUUUAAACUCCUCACUUUAUUUCUUUAUACAUACCAUACACAUAUACAUAUAUAUAAUCCAUCCUAUCUAAUUGAGCAUGGAAUCUUAUACCAGGUAGAUAAAUCUUGGAACAGCGACAUCCAGAAUAUAUCGAACCUUUCAGUCCAACAUCAACCCGCCAGACCUCCAGCCACAGCAUCUCCAGCUCCUCCGGCUCCUCCAAUCCUAUUCCACCCCCCUCCUUCCCCCCAAAAAAACAAUGACAGACACCAAACUCCCUCCCCCCUUCGACCCCGGCGCCAUCCCACCAGACACAGACCCCUGCCCCUUCUGCAAAAUAUCCACCUCCUUCAGCGCCUACGACCCAUCACACCCCCCCUCAAGCUCCUCAACCUUAAACCCAUUCAAGCUCGCACCACCAUCCUUCAUAGUCCUCUCAACGCCAACGCUCAUCGCCUUCCUCGACAUCCUUCCCCUAUCCACAGGGCACCUGCUCUUGUGCCCCCGCGCCCACAGGCCCAAGCUAACGGACGUUACGCCCGCCGAAGCCGCCGAGCUAGGCGUGUACCUGCGCGUGCUGUCCGCGGCGCUGGUCCGCGCCACCGGCGUGCCCGACUGGAACGUCGUCCAGAACAACGGCGCGGCCGCGGCGCAGGUGGUGAACCACGUCCACUACCAUCUGAUCCCGCGCCCCGAGAUCCGCGCCAGUGGGAAGUUUAACGAGAGCUUUACCAUGUUCGGGCGGGGUACGCGCGAAGAGCUGGAUGACGAAGAGGCCGAGGUGCUAGCGGGAAAAUUGAGAAUGAAUAUAGCCCUAGUGCUAGAGGAGGAGGCUAGGAAGGGAAAGUUAUGAAAUACGACUUUGAUUUUGUUCAUUUUUCUACGGAACCAGUGGCACGACGGGAGGACAAGGACGACAUGAUGGCGGUGUUUUUACUCAUUGAAGAUCUAUCCGUCUAGUCUAGAUGCGUAACAUGCAUAACGCGAGCCACAUUUAUUUGAGGUCUCAAAAUUACUCGUCAUCGCCGAAGAAGACCUUGAUAGGCAACCAAUCGUCUCCGCAAACCUUGAAGCGAUCCGGCAGGUGGUUCAGCUUGUCAAUCUCUUCUGCCGUCAACUCCCAGCCGUCAAUGUUGAAGUUGCUCUCAAUUCGUUCGGGCGUGACAGACUUGGGGAUGACAUCCCAGCCCUGCUGGAUUCCCCAGAGAAGAAGGACUUGUUGA